GAAGGCUGUCGAGGACAAUAGUUGUGUCUUCAUUAAGCAAUCUUCGAGCUUUGCAACAUUCUUCGUAACAUAAGUUGGAUUAUGUCAAAAAGAUAAAAGCCAAAACAACAUUAGAAAUGUGAAACAAAAUGAAAAAAUGUCAGAAGCAUUAGGACUAGGACAAGAAAAGACGAGGCUUACCACGUGACAUAUAUAAGUGAUACUUUUAUAAACAAAACAACACAAACUUUACUUCUUUAAUAAUGUAUGAAUACUAAGGGAUACAACAAUAGUAGAUAGUAUGGCUUAAAGGACUUAGAUUCUCCCUCGCCAUGCAGCCCAAUGGGCUGUAAGCUGUCCUAGAUCUGUAAUUUGUAAUGUAUAAAGUCUCCAAGUGGUGUCCACUGAUUUGUGAUACUACAUGGAAGUGUGUGGCGCCAUGUUCCACAUGAUGUCCACCGGAUCUCGAAGAUUCUAAUGAUGUCCAACCGGGAGAAUUUGUAACACAAAAAUGAAUGACUCAAUUGUGUUUUGUGUGUGGUUAAUUGUAUCCACAAGUGCAGUAGAUGUAGUGCUCGAAGUGAAUGGUAUUGUGUUUCUCAUCAAUGACACCAUCAUAGUUCAAGCUCAUGAUUGUCUUUGCAAAGUGGAAAAUAUCGGUUGUACUAUAUAUCACAAGAACAAUGUUGAAGCCGAACCUGUAAGGGAUAAAGCUACUCUUUACAAGUAUUCGAAUGACUACUUUUGUGAGUUUGAUAACCAGAAGGUGUAUUGUAAUCGUUUGGAAGACAGUCAUCAAAAAAAGUUUUGCUCUACUUCUAGCGAAAAAAGCUGUUUACUUACAGCGUUAGUCGCCUAUGGUUACACAUGCCCACUGGGACAUGUCAGACUGUUGAUAUUGAGACCCGAAACGUUCAUGUUUCACAUCUGGAAGAAAGAACUUUUGAACUUAUUUGUCUGCACCAUAUGUACCAGCCCAGAGCAAGAAGACAAAACUACAAAUGACAUCCCAGAGCCAGGAGAAAGAAGCUCAAAUAGCACAAACCAUCAGGAUAACCAACGUAUCAUUAUAAUAAUUCUAAGUUCUGUCCUUGGCGCUGUGGUGCUAUUGAUUGUUGUGGUGCUAAUUAUAUGUCUAAGAAGACAAAGACAAAGGCAACGGAGUGUGGUAAUGAAUCGUGAAAUGCCUGAAGCUGUUCAGCGUAGCUUACCUCAAAUCAAUCACAAAGAAAUAGAGUUGAAUUCUAUUCAUGAUUACGCUUCACUAAAUUUCUCCAUUCAUGACUACCUUGAUCCCAGAGCUAUCACUGAAGAGCAAGCGUUAUCUAAUGACCAUCACAUGACAGAGUCAAGAAUAGAAUAUGUGAAUCCUGCUAUUACCGAUGACAUUAGUUGUGUCGUAGGUAGUUUUUCAUUACUAAACAAGGACACUUUACUAGCGGAUAGCAUUAACAACCAUGAGCUUGGUAACACAAGCAGUGAAACAUUGUGCAAAAACAAAAAGCUAAACAAAGUAAGUGUGCUACUUUACAUUGAGGAAAAUACCUUUUUGCAGCAAGUGGAUGACAUCUUUUAUCCGGUAAAGUACCUCAGAAGAACUAUGUUACCAAGAGAGCGGCAUUUUGCCAUCAUUGAAAUGAUCAUUGAGAGUAAAUUUCCAACGCCUAGACAGAUACCUCUGUGGAACUUUAUUCACAAUCCAGUGCGACCACAGAUCAUUGUCUUCGAUAUUGUCACAUUGAAGGCUGCAACUAUUUCCUAG